UUCCUGUCAUUUCCGUUUCCAGACCCUCAAUUCUAUCAACACUUCAUAUCAAUCAUGUCUACCAUUCGCAUCGGUUCGCUGGCCUAUGGAUAUCAAACCAUCGACGUUGUAGGCCCGUUGGAUGUUCUCAGUUCUGGCAGUAAACUCUUCGCCAAAGCUCUCAGGGAGUACCACCCCGUGAGCGACGAGGUCGUCGCCUCAGCACCAGAGAUUGAAUUCCAUCACAUUGGAGUCAGUCUGGACCCCGUGGAGUUAACCGCUGGCGUCUCCAUCGUGCCAACGGCGACAGUCGACAACGCCCCGGAAAUUGACAUCCUCCUCCUCGGCGGGCCCAACCCGGCAACCUUCGAGUUGCACCCCAAGUACGCGGAAUACAUCCGUCAGCAUGUCGAGGCUGGCAAGACUCUCUUCACCAACUGUACCGGGGCUUUCGUGGCGGCCACUGCCGGGGUUCUCGACGGCCGUGAGGCUACUGUCAAUCACGCGGAGCUGGCAUGGAUCAAGAAGCGCUUUCCGAAGGUCCGGUGGACUGACGAGACCAAGUGGGUUGUCGAUGGAAAUAUCUGGACGGCAGCAGGGGCCGUCGCGGGCAUGGACAUGACGGCUCAAUGGUUCAAGGAAACGUAUGGGGUGGGAGUUCUCACGUUGGCGACCAUGGGCCUGGACUACGAACCCAGAGAUUCCCGUGGCUUGCUCAACGUCAUCCCAAAGAGAUACGACUCCGAAGGAAAUCAAAUUUCGACCCACGUCUUCCCGUCGUACGACUCUUACUGAGCUCCUGGGAAAGGGUUUACGGCUGGCCGACCUGUGUUCUUCAUGAACUCUGCAUGGGCAUCAAUACAGCUCCAGUCAUAUUACUUCCAGAUGAUAGAAAAGUGCAUACCUAGUCCACAAGAUUUGAC